AUGAAGAAAAUUACUCAUGGAGGUUUUACACAAGGUAUACAAACACGUCAAAUAAAUAACCAAGGUUUAAAAAUCAUACCAUUGUUUGCUUCAAAUUUUAACAAAACUUUAAAAUCAAAAUUUUUAAAGGCAUGUAGAACACGAUAUGGAACUACUGGAUCUGAUGGUUCCGGUAUACCAGGCAAUGGAUAUUUAAUGAUAAUUGACGCAUCGCCAGAUGGCUUAUGUAAUGAUAAGUGGUUGAUAGCUUAUGCAAACGCUUGUCAGUUGGAAGGAAAUACUGAUCGGCCAAUCCUUGGAUUCAUUAAUUUCUGCCCAAAUCGUUUGGAUGAAAAUUAUCCAAUGAGUAAAAUGUUACUGUAUACAGCAAUUCAUGAAAUCGGACAUGCAUUAGAAUUCGCCAGACGUCACUUCAACUGCCCAAGUUUAGACGGUGUUGAUCUUGAAAAUGAAGGCAGUAGUGCCACACUUUUAACACAUUUUGAGAAAAGAGUUGUACAUGAUGAACUUAUGUCAGGAAGUGUUGAACUACCGUCAAUUAUUUCAGGGUUAACAUUAUCAGUUUUCCAAGAUUCUGGAAACGAACCAACUGGUCCAUGGUGUGAUUACUUUGAUCUGACACGUGCUCAGUGUGUAUCAUAUAACAAUGCAUAUAAUUACUGUAACAUGAAUCGAUUUCAGCAGCGUAUUGAACCAGACAAACAACAUGUAACAAACCAUGUAGAGCGUGAAUUUUUGGCAGGUGAUAGUAAAUUACAUGAUGGAUGUGCAUUGUUUCAGCCGGUACCAAACAUUAAUGGGACAGGUCAAACAUCAGUUUGCACACAUGACGAAAAUAAUCAGCGUUUAGGUGUGAACCCUUUGAUGCAACAGUUUGGACCAAAUUCAAUGUGUGUUAAUCAUGGAAAUAAUGAAAGAUGGGUACUAAACACAAACAGAGGUAUUCAGAGUACCGGUGAUAUGGGAGCAUCAUGCCACGUAUACCAAUGCGGUAAUGGAUUAACGAUUAUGAUAGGACCGAAUACUAUUUCGUGUCCAAAACAGGGAGGAACAAUGGCUUUAACCGUACAAGGGAAGUUAGGAUUGAUCAAAGGUUUUGUCCAGUGUCCACCAUGUAGUGAAGUGUGCGGAGUGAGUCGAAUUAUGUUUCAAUGUUUUUUAUUUAUUGCUAUUCACUUGGAACGAAAGUAA